AUGGUAUUUCUUACUCGUUCUCUUCCACGUUGCGCUCGUUACACAUCUUCGCGGGCUCUGUCAACUACGGCAGCAGCCCGAUCUGUUAUUACCAAUGCUCGUCCGGCUGCGGCGUCGCUGCGCGCUGGCCUGACGUCACGCGCGGCCGUCGCACCAAAGAGCCACACAUCACCCCUCUUCAGCUCCCCUUCGCUCAGGGCUCCAGCUUCGACACGUUUGCUGACGACACAACGUGAAAAGGUCAAGGUACUACUCGUGUUGUACGAUGGUGGCAAGCACGCCGAGGAGGUUCCCGAACUCCUAGGAACGACCGAGAACGAGCUUGGCAUCCGCAAGUGGCUGGAGGACCAGGGCCACACGCUGGUCACCACCUCCGACAAGGAGGGCGAGAACUCCACCUUUGACAAGGAGCUGGUAGAUGCUGAGGUCAUCAUCACAACGCCCUUCCACCCAGGUUACCUGACCGCGGAGCGUCUGGCCAAGGCGAAGAAGCUGAAGAUCGCCAUCACUGCCGGUAUCGGUUCCGACCAUGUCGACCUCGACGCCGCAAACAAGACCAACGGCGGUAUCACCGUCGCCGAGGUCACCGGAUCCAACGUCGUGUCCGUGGCCGAGCACGUCAUUAUGACCAUCCUUGUUCUGGUCCGCAACUUUGUCCCGGCCCACGAGCAGAUCCAGGAGGGUGACUGGAACGUCGCCGCCGCCGCCAAGAACGAGUACGACCUUGAGAACAAGGUCGUCGGCACAGUCGCCGUCGGCCGGAUCGGCGAGCGUGUGCUCCGCCGUCUGAAGGCGUUCGACUGCAAGGAGCUGCUGUACUUUGACUACCAGCCCCUGAAGCCUGAGGUCGAGAAGGAGAUUGGCUGCCGUCGCGUAGACAGCCUCGAGGAGAUGUUGGGCCAGUGUGAUGUUGUCACCAUCAACUGCCCGUUACACGAGAAGACCCGCGGUCUCUUCAACAAGGAACUCAUCUCCAAGAUGAAGCCAGGCUCAUGGCUUGUCAACACCGCCCGUGGCGCCAUCGUCGUCAAGGAGGAUGUUGCCGAAGCCUUGAAGUCAGGCCACCUCCGCGGCUACGGUGGUGACGUUUGGUUCCCGCAGCCCGCCCCCAAGGACCACGUCCUGCGCUACGCCAAGAACCCCUUCGGUGGUGGAAACGCCAUGGUGCCGCACAUGUCUGGAACCUCGAUCGAUGCGCAAAAGCGAUACGCCGAUGGUACCAAAGCCAUCCUCAACAGCUACUUCACCGGCAAGCACGACUACAGGCCGGAAGACCUCAUCGUCAAGGACGGCGACUAUGUAACAAAGGCCUACGGCCAACGGAACAAGAAGGCGUAA